AUGUUUCUCUGUCGUCGGCUCGUCCUCACUGGCAGUGCCUACCACAAUUCCUUUCGUAGCUUAUCCUCCGUCGUCAAGAAAGAUCCGUCCUUGUACAACUUGGAUUACCGACCAAAGGCUUUACAAGCGCGAGUUGAUUUCCUGAUCGGCUUGGGAGACCUGGACACGGCGGCCAAGCACGCGCGCCUGGCUGGCAAAGCCUCGGCGGGCUAUGAAGACUUAAUCUGCGUCAAACAUACGUGCCAAGCAAUAAUCGGCGCCUUGUGCGAAGCCAAGAGGUACAAAGAUGCCUUGGACCUGUUCCAUUAUUUAUACCGCGAUUCCAAGGUUGUACGUUUUGAUGGGUACUUCAAUGAUAUCAUCAGACUCCACCUGGACCAAGGCCGUUUGGACGACGCUCUUAACCUCUACGACCCCUCACGGGCCAAUGUCGUUACGGAAUCCCUCAUCUCCAAAGGUUUGGUCGACGCCGGGAGACUAGCCGAAGCCAUGUAUCUAUUUAAGUCUUCCAGUUCGACCUCGAAUAUGCACAUGCUCCUGUUUGAGAGGACUUUGCUUCAGGGGGAUGUUGAAAAAGCCAAUGAGGAAUUGAGAGAAGCCAUGGAUCGAUUAAAGCCGACAAAGUAUACCUGUAUGACCUCGCGUGUGUGCAUGCACCUGUUGGAGGGGGUGUUGCGUCAAGGGGAUGUUGAAAAGGCCAAUGAGGUAUUGGGCUAUCAAUUGGGGAGAGCUCAUGUGAGUGGUGUUGGAUAUGACGAUGUUGCGAUUUUUCGCUACACAUACAUGAAGUAUUGGUUCGAGCAAGGUAAGGAGGAGAAAGCUAUGGAUUGCUACAGUCUUUUGGAGUUGGGAAAACUUAAGGAAGCCCCUGCUGUCAACGCAAUUUUGCUCCUUUUUCUCAAGUAUGGCAAGAAAAACGAAGCUUGGUCCUUACUCGACCAGGUUUUGCAUAGCCAGGAGAUGCACAAUAUGAAUGACUAUACGCUCAAUAUCAUGGUGACCGAGUGUUUCAAAAUAGGUCGGUUUGACCGGGCUAUCCAAAUUUUCCACAAGGUGAAAGCAUUAAAGCUCAAGAACCCAGAUGUUACGUGUUACAGAAACAUUAUCACAAGGCUUAACAGGCAGGGCAUAUUGUUUGAGGCAGAGCACUUGUUUGAAGAAAUGUGCUCUGACAGAUUGAUCAGACCUGAUGUUUCUACAUACACAGCGAUGAUCUCUGCAUAUCUAAAAGCUGGGAGAACCGAGGAUGCCUGCGACUCUCUAACAAGAUGGUUGAUGCAUUUCUAG